GGGGGGCGGGGGCGGCGAACUGGGAGACGCCGGGGAAGAUGCGGCUCACGAUCGCUGCGGCCAUCUCUCACGGCCGCGUGUCCCGGCGCCUGGGCCUUGGCCCCGAGUCUCGAAUCCACCUACUACGUAACUUGCUUACAGGACUGGUGCGACAUGAACGCAUCGAGGCACCGUGGGCGCGCGUGGAUGAGAUGAGGGGCUACGCCGAGAAGCUCAUCGACUAUGGGAAGCUGGGAGACACCAAUGAACGAGCCAUGCGCAUGGCUGACUUCUGGCUCACCGAGAAGGACUUGAUCCCAAAGCUCUUUCAAGUACUUGCUCCUCGGUACCAAGGUCAGAAUGGAGGCUACACAAGAAUGCUGCGGAUCCCAAAUCGGAAUCAGCAGGAUCGAGCCAAGAUGGCAGUGAUAGAAUACAAAGGGAACUGCCUCCCACCACUACCUGUACCUCUCAGAGACAGCGACCUUACACUCCUAAACCAGCUACUGCUGGGGCUGCGACAGGAACUCCACGAAAACAAGGAAACCACCCUCCACAGCUCCCAGACAACUGAAACACCAAGGAUUUAACUGGAGUUGAAGGAGUUUACGACUUUUCAGUGAACAUGAUCACAGGCCUUUGGAGCUCUUUGAAUGUCAAAAGGAAAUGGAGUUAGUAUUGUAAAAUGUAUAGUUUUAAUAGGGCCCAGAACAGGGGGCCAGAUGGCCCUCUCUUUGUACAAUACAUAAAAUGUCUUAAAC